AGUUAGCUCAUAAUAUUUAAGACAGCCCACGGCGUGCUCGCUCUAGUGCGCAAGCCGAGAGACCUAAACAGACUUGGAGCCGUUUUUUCGAGCAAUGAUGGAGAAGUCGCUGCUGAUUUCCUUUGCCAUCAUGGCUUUUGUUGUGCUGAUAACCAACGCCAUAGCAGCAAGUGUCGACAAAGAGGACCGACUUCACAAAUUUCAUAAGAGGGACGCCGCAUCUGCAAAGGCCUUCCUGCGCUCAAAGCGAAGUUCUAGAUGGCGUUAUGAGAUGGAUGAGAUGGAUGAAAUGUACGAGAGUCAGGGACCUUGGGAGUCUACAUGGGAAUUUGACGACAGUCCCUACGAAAUAGAAAGAGACAGAAGGGAAAAUGCCCGCGAGGCCGAACAACGUAGACGAUUCAUGGCCAACUGGAACUAUGGACGCAGACACCAUUAUAACAGACGUCCGACUGUCAACUAUUAGACAAAGGAGCAAGAAAUCAGUUCUUCCAUUUCACUUAAAUAUAGUCAUUUGUACAAGUAGGCUGGAGGUGGGCUUAGAUUUAUGCUCCAUUUUUUGACUGAAAUUAAAACUGAAUUUAGCCCAUGCUAGUCAUUAAAGUGACGAAAAACAGUAAGAAAGAAACGAGUAGAACUUUGUCACCGAGUGCAGUUGGGACAAGAACAUCCUGACGGACUGUCAAUGUACCGGUAGUGGAUAUUUGCACCAGUCUAUGGUCAACUGUACAGUUCAAUUCCUCAGUAAUUCACAAAUGUAGCUUUAAAAAACAGGUUUAACGCACAUGUAAAUGCCAUAUGUCAAAACCCAAUCGAAUAAAAACACUAUGGUUAUUUCUGUAGUAAAAUUACAACGCA